AUGCAGAACGACGAGGUCAUAUGGCAGGUUAUCAGGCACAAACACUGCAGCUUCAUGUCCAAAAUUGAAACUGGGAUAUUCUGUAGAAACCCAUAUAACGUCACUGGGAUUUGUAACCGAAGCUCGUGCCCUCUGGCUAAUAGUCGCUAUGCCACCAUUCGCGACCAUGAUGGAGUCUUCUAUCUUUAUAUGAAAACUAUAGAAAGAGCUCAUAUGCCAAACAAAUUGUGGGAAAGAGUUAAGUUACCCAGAAUUAUGAGAAAGCACUUGAAAUUAUUGACAAACAUCUGCAUGACCUUCCUGAAUUGGCAGAUGUACUGGCCUAAGUUUCUUGUGCACAAAACAAAGCAACGGCUGACUAAAAUGACCCAGAUGAGGAUACGCAUGAGGAAGCUUGCUUUGAAAACAAGGGAGAAAAUAAUGACGACACCAAGGAAAGAGAAAAAGAGAGAGGCUAGAAGAGAGGAAAAGGCUGAAAAAGCUGCAGUGUUGGAUAAGAGCAUUGAGAGAGAACUAUUAGAACGCCUCAAGAAAGGAGUUUAUGGUGAUGCGUAUAAAGAUAUAUAUAAUUACCCCUUUGAUAAAUACCAAAAAGUUCUUGAAGGGGAAGAAAUGCAGUUGGAUACUGAGAGAGAAGAAGAAGAGGAGGAGGAACCUGAGAUAGAAUAUGUUGAAGGUUAUGAUGAACUUGAAGAGGAAGAUGAUAUUGAAGAUUUUGCUGGUUUUUCAAUGGACAAUUCUCAUGCAGAUGAUGAUAAUGUUGGAAAUGAUGAAGAGGCAGAAGCAGUUACUCGCAAGAGAGAGAGAAAGGAAUCUGCAUUUGCUUCUAGAAGAUUUGAGAAAGAUGAACCUGCUGCCAAAUCGAAGAAGAAGCCAGGGUACUUGUUGAGGACUAAGGGGUUGCUAUUAGACCAUAUCGUUGAGCAUGAAGAUGCUGGUGUAAGGCAAAAGGCAGUCCACUGA